AUGCCUGCUCUCACACCAGAAACAUUCAAAACAUUGCUCGGCAAGCUCGUCAAGACUCCAGAGUAUUUUGGCCCCGACGACCUCCGCGCCGCGCUGGAACAUGUCUUCACCCCGGACGCCGUCCUCCCCGUCCAGAUCGGCUCUUUCCUGACUGCCCUGCACAUCGAGCGCGUCGAGAGGAGACCAGAGUGCCUUGUGGCAGCGGCAGACGUGCUUCGGAAGCGUGCUCUCAAGGCAACAGUCGACGACGCCGACCGGGAUUUCAUAGUCGACAUCGUCGGCACGGGCGGCGACGGGCACAACACCUUCAACGUGAGCACGACGGCGGCCGUCGUCGCUGCAGGAGCGGGAGCCCGCGUGAUCAAGCACGGGAGUCGGGCGUCGACGUCGACGUCUGGCGCGGCCGACCUCCUCCAGUCGCUGGGAUGCCUCUUCGUGCCCCCCAGCGCGAACACGCCCGUGCGCCUCCCGCGCAUCCCCUUCACGUUCAUCCUCGCGCCGCACUACCACCCCGCGCUCGCGAUGCUCGCCCCGUACCGCAAGGCGCUCCCACACCGCACGAUGUUCAACGUCCUCGGGCCGCUGAUCAACCCCGCGUGCCCGCGCGGGAUGGUCCUCGGCGUCGCGGAGCGCGAGCUCGGCGCGACGUUUGCGCACUCGCUGCGCGACGGCGGCGUCGCGCGCGCGCUCGUCGUCUGCGGCGCGGAGGGGCUCGACGAGAUCAGCUGCGCGGGCACGACGUACGCGUGGGAGCUCGCCGACGGGCGCGUCGUCGAGCGCACGCUGCACCCGGCGCAGUUCGGCCUGGACGUGCACCCGCUCGCGGCCGUUGCGGGCGGCACGCCUGCGGAGAACGCGGAGGCGUUCAGGCUGCUGCUGACGUCGGGGGAGGACAUACCCGCGCGCCUGACGCCGGUGCUGCACUUUGUGCUGCUCAACGCGUCCGCGCUGCUGGUCGUCGCGGGUGUUGCGACGGACCACAGGGACGGGGUGGAGAAAGCUAGGAAGAGCAUCACCUCGGGAGAGGCGUGGAAGGCGUUGGAGCGGUUCCGUGAGGCUGGGAUGACCGAGGCGUAG